AUGGUCAUCCGGUGGGAGUCUCUCGAUGUGGAGUUACAGCAGCGAGCAGAACCUACAGCAGAGGCCACCGCCCGAGGCCACACCGCCCUGCAACAGGUUGAGGCAGGAAUAGCCAAUCUGGGGAAAUCUAGCGACUUGUCUAGCUCCUAGCUGCAGCAUCCGAUGACGAUGACACGCAUAUGAUCGUGACGCUGCUGAUGAGACCUUCAAUUUGGUUGGGCCGCUUCUUGGAAAAGCCCGCCCCCUACUUCCCAAGAAAUGGCAAGAGGCGUCUGGGCCCGAAUUUUUAUUUUUUGGUUCUCGCUCUCAAUUUCACCAGUACACAGCAGUUACAAUACAUUCCUAGUAGCCCGCACUGCUGUGGCUGUUGGUUGAUUUAAUUGCUAUUUUUCGUUGCAUCGACAAUUAUGGGGGGGGGAUGGAAUGUGUCCAUGAUUGUAGAGGCACUGACAGCAAUUGGUUUGGUGUUCUGAUGGGUUUUGACACUGCAGGAAACNCGGCGGGCUGUGUUGGAGGCGCAUUUACAUUGCUUGAAGUAUUUUACCGCGAUUGAUUCCAGAAAUAAAUAUAUCUACUCUG